CGCAACGUCAGGUUCGUUUUUACCCUGUCAACGUUCGCUCGUGCUUUUUCGUCGAUCUUCGGAGCCACGUGACUUUGGUAUACUUUACACCACGAAAACUCAAACUAUUUCUUAUUUUAUUAAGAGUUGAAAACAAUAUGAACAAAAAAAUAGACAUUUGUCUAAUUGUAUAAGAUUGUGAACAAAAUUAUUUUUCUUUCGUUUCUCGAAACAAAGUUUUUAAAUAUGUAUCCGGUUGAAGAUGACAAAAGGGUUCAUCAUAUCGAAUAUAAGAUCACGAUCGUUUGUUUAUUUUAAAAGCGCGUCGGUUGCAUACCGGUGCGAUACGUCGUAGUCGUGGCAAAAAGUGUGGCAUGUGACCGUGUGUGAGACAAUGUGGUGGGCGGAUGGAUCCUGCGAUCUCCAGAGAUGCAAGUUCCUUGUUCUCCUAAUCUUGAUAGGCUGCAGCGAGGCGUAUCUCAACAUUUUCAUCAGCCAAUCACAAGUUAUGAAACUGUUGGGACUCGAGGCAGAAUUAUACUACGUCAGAGAGGGGGUGGUCAACGCGUACGCCAUGAAUUUUGUCGUUCCGGUGCCAGCGAAUAUAGCAGAUCUUGAAUUUUCCUGGCAGAGUCUAGCCGGCCACCCGUUACCGUAUUCUAUGGAGUUAGAUUACGACGUGGUGAGAGUAGCGGGUGCAGCUUCGGGUAAAAUGGCUUUACUAUCUCCGAGGGUGAACGUGUCGGCCAAAGGCGAGGUCCCCACCGUCCUACAAGUCUUCAGGAUCAGACUUCCUUGUUCCGGUCUCGUUAGUGCCGAAAUUCCUUUGGCCCUCAGGCUGAACGUCACCGCUCCUCCUGGUACCAAGUACAACGACACCAUACUCGUCUUCAAGAGGAACAAAAUCUGUUUGAAAGGAGUCGAGACCCCCCCUCGUAACGAGUCGGUACGUUUGGAGCCUGGUCCUUUGGUGAACGGUGCUGGUGCACUCUACGUUGCUGCCACUUGUGCCUGUGCUUUGAUACUAGUCGUCGGCAGUGUCGCCAGUGCUUUGUACAUUCGCAAUAGCAAAGCUAGAGUCCAGGAAUCACAGAAAACUCUUCCUUGCUGCAGCUAUUCGGCAGCUGACACCGACGGACUUGCCAGAAGUUCGGUAUUGGUCAGAGUCGACCCACGGCCCGGAAGCGCGAAUUCCGGAAGUUACGCGACCAUCGCUGACCUGGAACCGCUUUAUGCUAGGCCUUGUGGAUCCAGAGCGAGCUACUAUGCUGCUAAUCACGUCACGCAUCUCAGUCAGUCAACGGAUCCCUGCGAAAAGGCAAGAGCACUUUCGGUACCGAGAUCGGCACUUUAUUGUCGUAAUCUCGUACAGGAAGGAACCUUUGGACGCGUGUACAGAGGAACUUUGGACAUGGGUGAUCGAGAACAAGAAGUAAUCAUCAAGACGGUGACAGAGGUGGCAUCCGCUUAUCAGGCAUCUUUACUUGUGGUGGAGGGUUCGCAGUUGGCUGGUUUGAUUCAUGAGAACAUAGCUUCCUUGGCGGCAGCUUGCCUUGACAGUUCUUGCCCAUUGUUAGCGUACACGAGUACGCAGGGAGAAUUGAAUCUGAAACUCUACCUUACCGAUGGGAGUUACCAUCCCGUGACCAGGGAUCUGGUGAACGUUGGUGCUCAAGUUGCCAGAGCCGGGGCUUUUCUGCACGGUCGCGGACUUUUGCAUAGGGAUAUCGCUGCCAGAAAUUGUUUGAUAGAACCGAGUAGCCUUCGAGUUAGAUUAGCUGAUGCUGCCUUGGCUCGAGAUCUCUUUCCUCAGGAUUAUCAUUGUCUUGGAGACAAUGAAAACAGACCGAUACGUUGGAUGGCUUUGGAAAGUCUUCAACACAAUCAAUAUAGCACUGCGACGGACGUGUGGUCCUUUGGCGUAUUCCUUUGGGAGUUGGCAACGUUGGGUCAACAACCAUACGUUGACGUUGAUCCAUUCGAAAUGAUGGCCUGCCUUAGAGAUGGAUAUCGAUUGGCUCAACCAAGACCUUGUCCCGACGAGCUCUUCGCCGUUAUGGCUGUCUGUUGGCUCGGCCUUACGAGGGAUCGACCAACGAUGCCACAACUUCUCGCCUAUUUGCAGGACUUUCACGACGCUCUAGGUGGUUUCAUAUAAAUCUUCGAUCUCUGAUUAGAACAGAGAACCCCAAUCAAAGACUCUAAAUAUCGAUAAUCAAAUGUAAUAUUCCGAAAUCAAAUCACAUGGAAUUGAAUUUUCCCUGCCAAUUUGGGGAAUAAUGGAAUAACCUUUUUUCUUUUUUUUUUUUUAUAUUCGUCACAUAUUGAUUUUACUUAUACUCUCAAAAGAUUUGUCUUCUCUCUUUUUCUUUUUACUUAUGAUUUGUAUCUGGUCCAGAUAACCGCGCAACAAUUAUUCUCGCGAAUUCGAUUUCGCGAUCGAAGCACAUACGCGCGUGUAUGUCCGUCCAUGCUUUUUUAAAGGUCUUGUGAGAAGAAAAAAUGCAGAAAAAAAGAGAGAGAGAGAGAGAGUGAUACGCGCCUGUCGCCCCGCAAUACGUCGUCUUCCAAAGUAAGACGCAUUUACGAUAAAACAAACGAUCUCUAAUGCGGUAAUCAUAUUUUUCUCUUUCGCUGACAAUGCAAAUCAAAAUCACUGCCUUCUCAUUGACGAUAUUUCUUCGAUAGAGAAAUAAGAGGAGAAAGGAAAAUUAAAAUGACCAUUUGUUGUUAACAAGAUAAGAAAAGAAUAAUGAUAGAAAGAGGAGGAGAAACUUAAGCGAGUCGAUGAUGAACGAAAAUGGCAAUUACGACAUUGUUAAUUAGGACAAGAAAUAGAUAGGGAGAAAGAGAGAAAGAAGAAAGAGAAAGAGGAUGAGGAGGACAGAAGGAGACAGAGAAAGAGAGGAGAUAUAACCUUUCCUCGUUGAUCUUGGCAAAUGGCAAGCUUAGAAAAAAAAAAAAGACAUCUAUCUCUCUUUUUCUCUUGUCACAAUUAUAAAGACUCUUCGCGGAAGAUCGAGUCGGUAAACGCGCGUGUGCUCGUCGUGUAGUCGUUCGAUUAUUAUUCAUUAACGAUUACGAUUGCGAAGUCUUUGAUUAUCGCAGACUCGAGGACAGAGAGAGAGAGAGAGAGAGAGAGAGAGAGAGAGAGAGAGAGAGAGUGAGAGAAAGAAAGA